AUGGCGGGGAAGUUGGAGCCUUUGGAGGUGAAGCGGCUGGAGGUCUUGGAGGAGGUGGAGGAGGGUGAAGGGCAGACCAAGUCUUUGAAGACUGAAGACUUGCUGGCAAUGGUGAAAAAGCUGCAGAAAGAGGGAAGCCUGGAGCCACAGAUAGAAGACCUGAUUAAUCGGAUUAAUGAGCUUCAGCAAGCAAAGAAGAAAUCCAGUGAGGAACUGGGAGAAGCCCGGGCUCUCUGGGAGGCCUUGCACAGGGAAUUGGACUCUUUGAAUGGAGAGAAGGUGCACCUAGAGGAGGUCUUAAGAAAAAAGCAAGAAGCACUGAGGAUCCUCCAGCUGCACGGCCAAACGAGGGCAAGUGAGGCCCACAGGCUGCACGUGCAAGAACAGCUGGAGGAUUUGAUGGGCCAGCACAAGGACCUCUGGGAAUUCCAGAUGCUGGAGCAGAGACUGGCCUGGGAGAUCCGGGCCCUGCAGAGCAGCAAGGAGCAGCUGCUCGCUGAAGAGAACGCCACUCGAGCCAAGCUGGAGCUGGUGGAACAGAGGCUGCGCUCGCUGCCUGUGGCCGAGGGCGCCCGGGCGGUGAACGAAGGGCCGAAGGUGGAGCUGGAGAAAUUCGGGGGGCAAGUUCCCACCCAGACUCAGAGGACCUCGGAGGACGGGGCCGACAAAGGAGAGAUAGAAAGGCGCUCCGCGGAGCUGUUCAAAAUGACAGACUUCCAUGGGCAGAAGGACGCGGGAACAGGGACGGCUCACUCGGCGGAGAGCCAGCCGGUUGCUGCAAAGUUCCCCUCCCAGGGGGCGGCGGUGGUCCCUAGGCGGGUGGCCACACCAGUGUGGCUCAGGUCAUUCCUGGUUGACCGGUUCAAGGUCUCAUUUCCGGGAGAGCUGAAAGCCCUGGCCACCUCCCCACGACCCUGCUCUCGUGCCCUUCAAAGGGAGCGAGGUGCACGUUCCUCGCCCCACGUGUCCUCCUGGCAGCCGGAGGGUGAGCCCUGCGGCCUUGAUUAUGGGCCACCUUUCACCUGCGGAGGCAACGGCAGCGCCGGGGGUGGGAGAGCGACCAGAAAGGAGGAGCCCGAGUUCCUGGCGCAGUGGGGCGACCGCUUCAGGCGCCGAUCCUUCUGCUCCUGCCAUUAG